AUGGAAAUUUCUCGCGUCAGAGUUCCAGAUCAAGCCUGCCUCCUCCAGGCCGAGCUGGUGAACUAUGAGCGAGUCAAAGAGUAUUGCCUCAAAGUCCUGAAGAAAGAAGGAGAGAACUUCAAGGCCCUUUACCGGUCUGGUGUGGCCUUCUACCACCUUGGAGACUAUGACAAAGCCCUCUACUACCUGAAAGAAGCAAGGACCCGACAGCCGACAGACACCAACGUGAUCCGGUAUAUCCAGCUGACAGAGAUGAAACUCAGCAGGUGUUCCCAGAGAGAGAAGGAAGCCAUGUAA